UAAAGCUUGCAGUUUACAGUUUGAUGUUAAUAACAUACGACUCAAAAAGGCUACAACUAUCAUACUUCUCGCACUAGCCUACAGGUUUUCUUAUUUGUUGUUUCCGUCGCACAAUUGCUAAGUCGAAAAUCUGUGUGGCUGGUAAACACAGCUUUUCGUUCUAGUAAAAUAAAACGAACCCAGUCAUUAGUAAUAGUUUACAAUACAAGCAUAACCAUUCCGUAGCAUUUAGUAUAAUUCAGUCGAGUUGUUGUUGCCGCCAUCGACUCUCGCAAAAUGCCCGCAGUGCGCAAAUAUCGUCGCGAAACAAGUGAAAUCAGUUGCUGCCUCAAAUAUUUGCUCUUCACCAGCAAUGUACUUAUCUGGCUGACAGCACUUCUUGUGCUCGCCAUUGGCAUUUGGGCCUGGAUGGAAAAGGAUAUGUUCCGUAAUAUCAGCAAGCUCACCUUUAUCGCACUCGAUCCCGCUUUUGUGCUCAUCAUAUUGGGCAGCAUCACCUUUAUGCUGGGCUUUAUGGGCAGCGUGGGUGCACUGCGCGAAAAUACCUGCCUCUUGGGCGCCUAUGCCAUAUUCUUAAGCGUGCUGCUACUGAGUGAGAUUGGCUUUUGCGGGCUGGCGUUUGUGCUCAAGGACAAAGGCUGGAUCAAAGAUCAGGCCACCGAGGGCCUGCGAGCUUUUAUCAAACACUACCGCGAGGAUCCCGAUCAGCAGAAUCUUAUAGAUUGGAUACAGGAGGAUUGGCUGCAGUGUUGCGGCAUUGAUGGGCCCAAGGAUUGGGAUAGCAAUAAUUAUUUCAAUUGCUCCUCGAUAGCAAUCGGCAGCCGCGAGGCGUGUGGUGUGCCCUUCUCCUGCUGUCGCCGGCGACCGCAGGAGGUUAUCAAGAACAAGCAAUGCGGCUACGAUGUGCGCAAGGAGGGCUAUCCAGUGGAUAGAAAUAUACACGAGCGUGGUUGCUUGCGCGCUGGAGAGGAUUGGCUGGAGACGAAUCUAAUAGGCGUGGCUGCCUCCUGUGUAGCCCUGCUCAUCACGCAGGGCAUGGAGCUGUCCAAGAUUAUUUAUGAAAAAGGCUGCGUCCAGGCUGGCGAAGAAUGGAUUGAGCAUAAUUUAAUUAUCAUUUCCACGGCAGCUAUCGGUGUUAUGUUUUUUCAGAUUCUGGGCAUUUGCUUUGCGCAAAACCUACGCGCCGAUAUCUAUACACAAAAAUCCAAAUGGCACUGACAAAUGGCGCACGCUGCCCCCACAGCACUCUAGACAGGUAAGGACACAAUCACAGUAACAACAAUUAGCGGCAAUUGAACUUUAGCAACAACAACUGAACAAACAACUCAACAACUACAACAACUACAACUAUAACAACACAAUGCAUCAUCUAAAUCUACGCUUCGGUUAGUUACCUAUACUAUAAUUACCUAACUAUAUAUAUGAGUGUCUACUAAACGCAAACGCAUUCCGUCUCUAUGGACAUUGACUAAACUAUUAACUAGGUUGCCAAAUUUUUUGCUGUUUUACGUACGCUUCGUUUUACCCAACAUUUUCUAUACAUUUUUACAUAAAAUCGACGAACGUGAGUAAAAAAAAAUUAACUCGAAAUGCAGCUGUGAUAUAUUUUUAGUGAAUGUAUAGAAACGAGACGAAAAAGAACAAAAACAAACAAAAAGAAAAAUUUAUAUAUAUUUCAAUUGCAAAGAAAAUUUGACGCACAACAAGACCUUCGGCACACCGAAGCUUAAAAAUACCCUAACAGAGCGAAAAAAACGCACAAAACAGAAUUUUUGUAUUAACAAGAAAUAAAAUUAGCGAGAUAUUUGUUAUAUAAGCUAAAUAGAGAAGCUGUAGAUAAAUAAAUGAAGCUCACUUUGAAGUCGAAAACUCGUCUGUAAGGGUAUUUAGAGCACAAAAUGUCAUUUCUUAUGUAAGCAGCAAAAUCUAUCACUAUGAAACCUAAACAAAAAAAAAACAAAUAUUUUUUAUAACACCAAUGAACAAAAACCAGAAACUUUUGCGUGGGGGCACAUGAAAAAUAUUAAAAAAAAAAAAUUAAAAUAAAAAUACAAUUUAAAGUAGUUUGCUAAUUAGAUUUUUGACGAGCUUGCAAAUAUAUAAAAAAUAUAAUAAUUAAUAUAUAACUCAUGUGUGUAUAUAUAUAUAUUUUUGCAUAAUACCUUUAUUUUUCCGCUAAUGUAUUUCCUUAUUUGCACUGUGCUGCAAAUUUAAACAACUUGUAUUAUUGCAUAAGAGCUACUAAGCACGUGAGUUGUGUUCAUUAUGAGUUUUUCAAAAUAAGACUGCUCUCGAAUUAGUCGAAACAACUUUGGCACACAAUGAAAUAAUGUUUGUAAACAAGUUCGUCAGUUCGGCAGUUCGUUAACAUUGAACAAAAUAUUUAUAAUACGAUCGAGAUAUGAGAUCCAAGAUAUAUAUAACAUAUUUAGAUUAACAAAUCCAAGGAGAACAUUCUGUUUGAACUGUAGAUUAGCUCAGAAAUAGGUGAAAAACAAUAACGUAUAGGAAUCUGAGUUAUAUUCUGUUGUAUGUAUUAGAAUGUGUUGUAUUAUUUGUCGUCCCAUUUAAACACUGCCCUAAGAAACCAAUUUUAAUAUAACAUUUUUGUAAAAAAAAAAACCUCCCUCUAUUUGUAUUUCGAAGAAUUUACAUUCGAACACCAAAAUGAGUCUCUAACAUUUUUGAAAUAUUUUUGAGAAUCUCAAAAAUCUCUACAAAUUUAUUGAUAUUAACUGAACACGGUAAUAUCCCGCAAGACAAAGUAUUUUUUACUGGAUAAUCUCCAUUUGCCAAUGAACACAAUAUUUCACACAAAACACAAAUUAUGAGAACUAAAACUACAUCUAAGCGAAUAAGUUGAAUUCCACAAGGAACAACAUAAAGAAAAGUCGAGAAAUUUCUCAAGUUUUAUAGCGUUUACCGAAAAAGUCAAUUGAUAACGAGCUAAAUAAAAUAAAAUGUAAUUAAUUAAGCAAUGUUUAUUGUAAUAAUAACAGCUAAGAUUAGCAAAUAUUAUAGCUUGACAAGGUUGUUGUGGUCAAUCAAUAACUGCUUCUAAUAAUACGAAUAAAGAAACGCUUGUAAAUUAUAAUAAAAAAAAAA